AUGAAAAAAUGCGUUGAUGGAACUUGCAAGUGUAAAUCUGAUGGUGAUUGUCCCGCGUCCUUUCCAUAUUGUUAUCUGAUCGGACAAGAUUUGGGUGAUUGCCGGGUUUGCAAGUCUGAUUCAGAUUGUAGCGCGGCGGUAUCGAUCGGUUGGUUUUAUUGCAUUGACGGUAAUUGCAAGGCUUGUCGUGAUCACAGUCAAUGCCCAGAUGGGUAUUUUUGUAACGAUGGCGGUUGCCAGGAAUGUCAAAAGGACAGUGAUUGUCCGUCAGCUCUAGGAUCAUUUUGUAAUCUUGAGCAAGGGAUGUGUUGUACUAAAUCGGAUUGUACUUGCGACACUAGUGCUGAUUGUUCGGAAUACUUUCCCAAUUGUAUCUACUCAAAUUUUUACAAAGUAUCUAGAUGUAGAGGUUGUUAUGCCAAUAGCGAUUGUACUCUUACAAAUGAUCCGGAAUUGAAAUUUUGUCAUAAUAACUUGUGUUGUAAGCAGGAAGGAUGCGUUUGUAAAACGCGUUUUGAUUGUCCUGGACACGGUUAUUGUGGACCAGACGGAUAUUGUAAAAAGUGUCCGUUGCAACAUAAUUUUUGUCCAUAUGAUAAAGGUGACUCAUUCGAUAAUCAUAGUACUAUAGUUAAUGUGAAGACUAAGAAAGGUACUGUUAUGAGUUCUCAAGCUACAAUAGUUAGUAAGAUAAUUAGUAAAAAAGCUAAACCGACAGCUAAAAAAUAA